UUGAAGCAAAGUCAAGGUUCAAAUCUCCCAUAAAAGUAAAUAAUCGAUAUUUCAAACAUUAAUCAAAAUAAAGAUAGAGAAUUAAUAAUUAUUUAUAUGGAGAGAGGAAAAUUGUUCUCAGGGCCACCCACUUCUCUCACUCGGGCAUCAAGAAGCUCUCUCCUGAAGUUGCCCUCCAGACGGGAGAAUCCAAAGGCCCUAUUUUCCUCUGCCACUCUCAAUCCUCGCAGGGCUCCUACGCCAAGCUUCCAAGCAACAUCAAGGUGAAGAGAAAGAGCAUGAACCCAGAUCUAGCUGGAGGGAUGGCAGACAGGGCUGUGUCGUUUCUUCUUCAAAAACUUGGAAGCUUUUGCAAGUAGAGAAUGGAACUUGCAGGAGAAUAUCAGGAAUGGAGUCCGUGAGUUACAAAGGGAGCUGUGGAGAAUAGAAGCCAUGAUGAGAGAUGCUGAUGCAAGGAAAGAUAUGAUAACCGAUUCAACGUGUGGAUUCAAGAAGUUCGCACAGAAGCUUAUGCCAUUGAGGAUGUUCUUGACCUGUUCAGACUCCACUGGGAUCAAGAAUCAGUGUGGCGCCACUUGAAAAUGUGGCACUCCAUUAGCAACCUGAUACAGGAUAUUAACACAAGGCUCGCGAUCAUUAGUGCGGAAACCAACACAUACCUUAAUGUGAGAGUAGUUCCUUUGAUCCCUGGCAGGGGCAACAACACUGUGGGCAUUGACAAGCCUAAAAGGAAGCUGGUUUCUUGGGCAUUGGAGUCGAAUCAGAAACUCAAGGUUAUGUUCAUGGUGGGAAUGGCUGGCUUGGGAAAGACAACGCUUGGCCACAGCGUGUACGAGGAGGUGAAGAUGUGUGGGAAUCCAUUAGACUUGCCUUGCCAGAUGGUAACGACAAUAGAAUAAUUAUCACUACAAGAAGAGGCGAUAUAUCUAAUUCUUUCAGAGAUGAUGAUUCUAUUGAUAUCCACAAGGUUCAGCCUCUGUCACCGCAUUGGGCUGAGCAACUCUUCUAUAAGAAAGCUUUCUCAGGAGUUGACUGAUGUCCUUCAGGUUUGGAGGAAGUCUCCAAAUCCAUCUUACAGAAAUGUGAUGAUUACCACCUGAGAUUAUUGAAAUCGGUAGGGUCUUGCGGAGUAAGCCUCGUCAAACAAAAUAUGAGUGGAAAAAAUUACAUGAUAGCCUUGAGUCUGAAUUGAGAAGCGGUGGUGCCCUUUCAGAUAUUAUGAGAGUGUUUUCUGCAAGUUACAAGGAUUUACCUUACCAUCUCAAGUAUUGCUUCUUAUAUAUGAGUAUUUUUCCUGAGAAUAAUCCAGUUAAGCAAAGAAGACUGAUUUGGCUAUGGAUAGCUGAGGGAUUUGUAACAGAGGAGAGAGGCAAGACUCUUGAAAGGUGGGGGAAGAGUACCUGAAUGAGCUUAUUGGCAAGAGUCUGAUAAAGGCAAAUGAAAUGGACUUUGAUGAAAGGCCAAUAACUGUUGGAGUCCAUAGUCUCAUGCGUAGGAUAAUUCACUAGAGGAGAACUUCUGAACUGUUUGUGCAGGACCAGAAGGAAAGUUGGCUGACAAACCCCCACGCCUAUACAUCCAGAAGAGAAACUUUGAUGUGUCUCAGGACUUAACCUGUGUUCAAACUUUUUUCAGUUUCAGUACAGGUAGGGUAAACAUUGGUUCGAAUUUCAAACUAUUGAAGGUUUUGGACAUACAAAGCACUCCUUUGGGAAACUUUCCAAGUGCCAUUACAGAUCUUGUGCUCUUGAGGUACUUGAGUUUGAGGAAUACAAAUAUAAGGAGCAUCCUCAAAUCUCUCAGGAACCUACGGGACCUUGGAUCUUAAGCAGACUCUGGUAACAAAGGUACCCAAAGCAGUCCUACAAUUGGAGAAACUUCGCCAUCUGCUGGUUUAUUGCUACCAAAGGGGAUCGAUGCAUUGAAGAACCUACAAAAGCUAUCAUUUGUAAAGGCGAGUGGGCAGCACAGAAUGAGUCAGAAGCACAAAAUGAUACAAGGGCUCGAUAAUCUUACGCAGUUGAGGAAGCUGGGCAUUGUAGAACUAGUAGAAGAACAUGGGGCCAGCUUGUGCCUCUCAAUUGAAAAGAUGCCAAAUCUCCACUCCUUGAAUGUAACCUCCCUUAAUAAGGAGGAGCCUUUGGAGCUUGAUGCAAUGACCAAUCCACCGCCCCUUCUUCAACGCUUGUACCUCAGAGGGCCUUUGGAAAGGUUUCCACGGUGGGUAUCUUCUCUACAUGACCUGGAGAGAAUAUGCCUAAAAUGGUUUUCACUCACACGAGAUAACCCGAUUGAAGCUCUUCAAGACCUCCCAAAUCUGACAGAGUUGCAGUUGCUUGAUGCAUACACUGGAACCCAGUUGGUGUUCAAGUCGAAAAAAUUUCAGAAGCUUAAGAUAUUAGACCUUCAGAAAUUGGAACAGCUGACGUAUAUCAUAAUGCAAGAAGGCACAUUGCCUCACCUACAAAAGAUGAUCAUAGCGCUCUGCAGUAAGCUGGCGUGUGUCCCUAUAGGUGUCGAAAGGUGCAGGGACCUCCAAGAGCUGCACCUGUGCGAUAUGCCCCAAACAUUUGUGACCGUGCUGGAAAAAAACGGGGGUAAAUUUCGCCACUUGGUCCGCCAUAUUCCGCAUAUUGGCUCAUAUAAGCAGGGCCAGUUGGUGGAAGAUCUUUCAUGACCAUAUAUACUACUUCUGUGACAUGCAGCAGUGGAUCAAGAAUCAGGUCUGUAUAACUACAUGAAUUCAUCAUUUGCUUCUUUCAAAUUCCUCAAAAUGUACUAUUGGAUUGCUAUUCCUUUACUACCUGAUAUGCAUAUAUUCGACCCUAUCUGAAA